CUUGUUGCGGGUGCGGUCCAGUCGGCGGCCACUAUGAACCCUCGCGCCGUCGGCUGGCUGUGCGUGGCGAUCGCGGUGCAGGCGCUGCUCUACCGGUACUUCACGCGGCGCACCGUCCUGCUGGUGGGCGUCCUCUCGGCUCGGGAGAACUUCGAGAGGCGCGCCGCAGCGCGUGAGACGUGGCUCAGCGGUGCAUCGCGUGUCAAGUCCUUCUUCGUGGUCGGCCGCGAUGGCUGCCGUGUGCCGCCCGAAGACCGCGUCGACCCGUACAUUUGCCAACGGUGGGAGCCCAACAUGACGGCCAUCAAUGAGAACCUGGACUUCUACGCGACCACGGCGCAGGCGCGCAACUGCUUUCCCCGCAAGCGGCCGCUCUACACGGGCUUCAGCUUCCAGGUGCACCACCCGCUGUCAGUGUCACGGCUGGGUGUGCUCGGCGACAUCCUGAGCGGCAGCACGGGCGUCACCGUGGCGCUCAUCGACGCGCACACGCGCGAGAUUCUGCGCAAGGUGGUCAUCAGCGCCGAGACGGCCACCGAGGAGGGCGGCUACUAUUAUCGCAACGUCGACCGGCUCGUGCUGGGCAGGUAUUUCGAAGGGGUACUCAGCCUGUCGGGCGAGAUCGUGAGCGAGACGUGCUCGACGCCGUUGGCCUGGAACAACGGCUCGAACCUGGUGACGUUCGAGAGGCUGUACGUGGACCACGAAGACAAGAACAGCGUGGCGUGGACGCCCGCCGCCGUGUCGGGUGUCGGCAUACACCUGGUGGUGUCCGACUCGCUGCCCAGCCUGCUGGAUCACUUGGACGACGCCGAAAUGCGCCAGGCCGUGUGGGACCAGCUUGUGGACGAAGAACAGCGCAGGUUGGACACUGAGGCUCGCAGGUAUCGAGACAUUGCCCUGGUGCCCAUCACAGAUGUGUACCGUAAUUUGCCACGCAAGCUGCUCUAUUUCUUUGACUUCCUGCUGCAACGUUCAAUUGAAUUUGACUUCCUUGUAAAGGCUGACGAUGACUCCCUGGUGGACUUGGAAGGGCUACGGAAUAGUGUGCCCAAGCAGCAGCAGCAAAACAUUUGGUGGAGCAACUUCAGGGAGAAUUGGCCAGUGAUUCGCUAUGGCAAGUGGGGUGAGCACACAUACAGUGCGCCCAUCUACCCUGCGUUUGCAUGUGGUGCAGCAUAUGUGCUGUCAAGAGACAUAGUCUACUGGCUGGCCAGGAACAAGGACUACUUGCAUUGCUAUCAGGGUGAAGACGUCUCCAUGGGCAUCUGGUUGGCUGCACUCUCACUACAGCGCAUCCAUGAGCCCCGCAACUGGUCGUGCAGCUACAGCUGUCCGGAUGGCGUUAGUCGACCCUACAGUAGGGCUCAGCUGUCACCCACUGAACUCAAGACGGUGUGGGCCACUUUCAAGAAGCACAAGAAACUCUGCUGACACAUUUUCAUGAUGCCGUCUUUCACAGGCAGAGCAAAUGAUACGGUGCAUUCUGUGUGCCCAAUUUUUCAUUAAAAAUGUUGGUUGCUGAUCGCA